AUGGACGGAAUACGCACUUGCGUGUUCAAGCGCACUAGUAAUGCCAUCCACGCUUCGAAUGCUAGGCAACCGAUCUGGAGGUGCCAGGUUGACUUAGUCAUGAAUAACUUGCCUCUUAAUACUACCUAUGAUCUGUCACCGCCGACAUACGUAGACGUAUUUAAUGCAUCUAUUACCGCGCGCACUUUUUCUCCAGCCCAGACUACCUGGCCUGGGUUCGUCGCAUGUGCCCGAAUGCUGUUUGCCAAGCCACCUCCGGAUUCCAGCUUGCAGGUGCAACGCAACGACAUGAGGCAGCUCAUCAGGCAAGCCCGGGGCUUGGGGCUUGAGGACAUGCAUCUAUGCCUCAGCUACCCGCUGCCGGGUGCAGACGCCCAUCUGCUUCGACCCGGCAAUUGCGGGCGGCCAUUGGUGCGAUUGGCUCCUGUCAUAGUUCACGUGGCGGCGCUGUCCCGGUCACUUGCCCUGUCUGCCCUGUGCUGCCAAAUUCCAUCUUCAAUCUUGAUCAAGCCCGGAGCCCCAGACAAGCACGGCGGGGGCCUUCGCAAGCAGCUAAAAAACGAAUCCCCGGCCCCGGCUUUGUGUGACUCGCCGGCGAUGAGUAAUCCGGAUCAAGAAGGCACCUACCGACCCCAUCAAGCCAACUAG